AUGAACAUUGUCUUUGGUGCCAUUGAGGUUGUGACAUUAUUCCCCAAGCUAGCAAAGCCCCUUCUAUCGAUGCGCAAAGCUUUGCAAUCACUGCACUACACUGAUGAAGGUGAAACGCAUCGCCACUCUUCGCCUAAACUUGGGCGUGAUCUCUGGUCGUAUCUUCUUUUCUUGCGUUUGUUGCCUAUUGUUCCCUACGGUAUGAUGAAUAUUGCAUGCGGUGUGCUGAAUGUACCCUUACUUCCCUAUACCGUUACAUUGGCCAUUGGAAGUGUCCCAUGGAACUUUUGCACCACUCAGAUCGGAGAAAUUCUUCAAAACAUUGCAUCUGCAAUUCAAUCAAGUGCCGCAGCGUCGACUGCGAGUAGUGAUGGGACUACGCUUUCAUCAACGUCAGGUCAAGCCAGUAUGUUGGCGAAUGGUGCUAUGACUUUGUUGUGGGAACAUGUCUGGACGUUUGAUAUGAUGAUUAAACUUAUUCUACUAAGCAUUGCCAGCGCGCUUCCACUUAUUCUUCAUCGCAUUUAUGGCCAACGACGUGGUGUAGAGGCACAGAUGGAGGAGGGCGACUCUGAUAGCAAUACUACUGAAUAG